AUGGAGGAGGCGGAGAAAGGGGAGCUCUUGGAGAGGGACACCAAGCCUUGGCUGGACAGCCAUCCGGGGCCAACGGUCGGCCUGCCCCUGUUCACCGACGACCUCAUCCUGGAGAUCCUCUCCCGCCUCCCCGUCAGAUCCCUCCACCGCUUUAAGUGCGUCUCCGUGUCCUGGCGCGACCUCAUCACUGACCCCGCCAACCGCAAGAAGUUACCCCAGACCCUCGCUGGCUUCUUCUACAUGACCAUCAACAACAGGAUCGGCCACCACUUCGCCAGUGUCUCGGGCGACAGCGCAGCCCCGUUCAACCUUUCCAUCCCUUACCUGCACAAUAACAAGUACGGCGGCAUCACCCAGUUGGACGCCUGCAAUGGCCUCCUUCUCUACUGUGGCUUCAAGAAGAAGAUGGAGAGUUGGGAUGAUUUCUGUUUUCUAGUGUGCAAUCCCGCCACUGGGAGGUGGGUGGAACUGCCCCCUAGGCCGCCUGUGCCCGCAAGCAGAUAUUGCUGUACCACAAGUCUUGCUUUUGAUACGGCAGUCUCAUCCCAUUUCAACGUUCUUCACUUUGAGCAGACCGUUCCGGGAGCUUACAUCACAGGAGUGAACAUCUACUCGUCGCGGACAGGAGCAUGGAGAUUCAGGAGUGGUAGGAUGGUUGAGAAAGUGGUGCCGCUCCAUAGUAAAUGUGUCUUCGUCGGCGGUAUGAUGUAUUUGAUUGGCAACCUGAUGGGCUUCAACAAGUACGUGCUGAUGGUGGUGGACGCGGAGGGGGAAGUGUGGAAGACUAUCCCUGUGCAGUACGGCCGAAGAUCUUCCACGAUUGGAGUGUCGCAGGGGUGCUUACACUAUGUUGUAGCUUCAACGGUUUCAGUCAAUGAUAGUAAUGAAAUCCUAGGUUCUGGGAUAACACUUUGGUGCCUCAAGGAUCGUGACAGUAAAGAAUUGGUUCUGAAGCGUUCUGCCAACAUCAAUGAGCUUAUGGGCAUGAUUGGGGAGAAGUACAGGGUUGCUGAGAUUCAUCCAGAUUGUGACACCGUUUUCUUGAUGUCAUCUGGAGGUGAUACCUUGGUAGCGUAUGACAUGCAACAUCAGAAAGUUGAUUGUAUCCUUAAUCUUGAGAAAGGCAUUACAAAACCAAAACGGUUUCUACCCUAUGUUCCUCUGUUCUCAGAGUCAUGCAGAUGGGCAGUAGCUUUACCUCAAGCCACGCCAGUGCUUCCUCCAAGAACCGUCUCUUCUUUUGGCUGA